AUGGACCUUCAGGUAAAUUACCACUCCUUAUCCCUGGUCCUAUCACCAUGGAACCUCACAGGUAAAUACCACUCCUUUAUCCCUGGUCCUAUCACCAUGGACCUCUCAGGUAAAUACCACUCCUUUAUCCCUGGUCCUAUCACCAUGGACCUCACAGGUAAAUACCACUCCUUUAUCCCUGGUCCUAUCACCAUGGAGCUCUCAGGUAAAUACCACUCCUUACCCCUUGGUUCCUAUCACCAUGGACCUCUCAGGUAAAUACCACUCCUUUAUCCCUGGUCCUAUCACCAUGGACCUCUCAAGUAAAUACCACUCCUUUAUCCCUGGUCCUAUCACCAUGGACCUCUCAGGUAAUACCAAUCCUUUAUCCCUGGUCCUAUCACCAUGGACCUCACAGGUAAAACCACUCCUUUAUCCCUGGGCCUAUCACCCCUGGACCUCUCAGGUAAAUACCACUCCUUUAUUUCCCCGGGGCCUAUUUACCAUGGACCUCUCAGGUAAAUACCACUCCUUUAUCCCUGGUCCUAUCACCCUGGAACCUCUCAAGUAAAUACCACUCCUUUAUCCUGUCCUAUCACAUGGAGGUCUCAGUAAAUACCACCCCCUUUAUCCCUGGUCCUAUCACCAUGGACCUCUCAGGUAAAUACCACUCCUUUAUCCCCGGUCCUAUCCCAUGGACAUCACAGGUAAAUACCACUCCUUUAUCCCUGGUCCCCAUCACCAUGGACCUCUCAGGUAAUACCACUCCUUUAUCCCUGGUCCUAUCACCUGGACCUCCAGGUAAAUACCACUCCUUUAUCCCUGGUCCUAUCACCAUGGACUCUCAGGUAAAUACCACUCCUUUACCCCUGGGCCUAUCAAACCAGGACCUCUCAGGUAAAUACCACUCUUUAUCCCUGUCUAUCACCAUGGACCUCCUCAAGGUAAAUCCACCACCUCUCCUUCCUGGAGGUCCCAGUCACCAUGGAGUCCAUUAAAUACCACUCCCUUUAAACCCUGGUCCUAGUCACCAUGGACCUCUCAGGUAAAUACCACUCCUUUAUCCCGCAUGGUCCUAUCAACCAUUGGACCCUCUUCAGUUAAAAUCCAACUCCUUUAUCCCCUGGUCCUAUCACCAUGGACAUCACAGGAAAUACAACUCCGUUAUCCCUGGUCCUAUAUCACCAUGGAACCCUCUCAGGUAAAUACCACUCACUCCUUUAUCCCUCCGGUCCUAUCACCAGGGACCUCUCCAGGUAAUACCACUGGCCCUUAUUCCCUGGUCCUAUCAAACCAUGGACCCUCUCAGGUAUACCACUAACCACUACCUUUAUCCCUGGUGGCCCCUACCACCAUGGACCUCUCAGGUAAAUAACCAACGCCUUUAUUCCCCUGGUCCUAUCACCAUGGACCUCUCAGGUAAAUACCACUCCUUUUCCCUGGUCCUAUCACCAUGGACCUCUCAAGUAAAUACCACUCCUUUAUCCCUGGUCCAUUGGACUUCAUUUUCCCCUUAUGGCAUAUCUCUCCACCAUCUCUCCAUCCCUCCAGUGUAGUGGGAUGUGGCUCUAA